AUGGUUAAGCAUCAUUUGUGGCAGUAUCACAUAUCUUUUAUUGCUUUAUUGAAAACUAAGAUCAAAGAUACCUUGUUGCCAGAAAGUACAAGGAAAAUUGCUAAAAAUUGGAAUUGGAUGUCUAAUGUAAGAAGUCUAGGUAAAGCCAGAAUCUUGAUCCUAUGGAAUCCUAAUGUGUUGGAUAUACAUUUGAUUAGUUGUACUGAUCAAUGUAUCACCUGCACAGUGAAAUAUUUUGAUGGUAAACUUGAUUGUGUUAUAUCCUCUAUCUAUGGUUUUAAUCAUCUGCAUACAAGGAAAGUAUUAUGGUCUGAUUUAAAGUCUAUACACCAAACUAUUGGAAAUACACCUUGGUUGUUAUGUGGGGACUUUAAUGCUACUACUAGAAAUGAAGAUAAAAUUGGAGGCUGCAUGCUCAAUGAUUCUGACACAGAGGAUUUCAGAGCUUUUAUAAAUGACUGUCAACUUGCUCAGUUGAAAACCACUGGGUGUUUUUUUACCUGGAACAAUAAGCAGGACCAUGGUUCUAGGAUCUGGAGCAAAUUGGAUAGAGUGCUGAUUAAUGAUAACUGGAUUCAAUCUUAUAAUUCUAGUCAAGUGGAGUUUCUUGUGCCAAAAAUUUCAGAUCAUUCUCCUGGACUUAUUACUGUUAGUGAAGAAAGUUAUCAAGGCAAGAAACCUUUCAAAUUUUUCAGGAUGUGGGCAAAGCAUGAUUGUUUUCUCCCUACAGUAUCUAAUGCCUGGCAACAAAGGAUCAAAGGGUGUGCUAUGUUCUCAGUACGCUCAAAAUUGAAAAAUCUAAAAAUUGCUUUGAAGGAUAUUAAUAGGAAAUUCUUCUAUAAUAUUAGUGAACAGGAAAAGAAAUGCAUUUCAAAAUUCAACACCUUGAAGGAUUGUGAGUUAUCUUUUUUCAAACAAAAGGCAAGAAUUGCUUGGAGUGUUCAAGGUGAUAGAUGUACAGAAUUUUUUCAUUCAAUGAUUAAAGCUAACAGGCAUCACAAUAGAAUCAUGCUUCUAUAUAAUAAUUUGGGACAAAGACUUACUGAAGGAGAUGAUAUUGCAAAUGAGUUUAUCACUCAUUUCAAAAGUCUGAUGGGGACUGCUGUGGAUACUACUCCUCUUAACAGCUGUUGA